GGUCUGAUCCCGGUCUGAUCCCGGUUCGAUCUCAUUUUAAUUUGGGUUCUGACCCCCCCAGGUCCCACUCGCCGAAUGGAGCCGGCCGAGGUGGAGUUUCUGGCCGAGAAGGAGCUGGUGACGAUCGUGCCCAACUUCAGCCUGGACCGGAUUCACCUCAUCGGGGGAGAUCUGGGUCCUUUCAAUCCUGGUUUGCCAGUGGAGGUGCCUGUCUGGUUGGCCAUUAAUCUGAAGCAGAGGCAGAAGUGUCGGCUGAUUCCUCCAGAAUGGAUGGAUGUUGGAAAACUGGAGGAAAUCCGGGACCAGGAACGGAAAGAGGACACAUUCACUCCAAUGCCCAGUCCCUAUUACAUGGAACUCACCAAGCUGCUGUUAAACUAUGCCUCAGACAACAUCCCCAAAGCCGACGAGAUCCGGACGCUGGUGAAGGACACGUGGGAUACGAGGAUGGCCAAGCUGCGGCUGUCCGCGGACAGCUUCGUGCGGCAGCAGGAGGCUCACGCCAAGCUGGAUAACUUAACCUUGAUGGAGAUCAACACGACCGGGACUUUUCUUACCCAAGCCUUGGAUCACAUGUACAAGCUCCGGACUAACCUCCAGCCUGGCGAGACUGCCCACUCCCAGGAUUUCUGAGUGGGAA